UGUUCUAUUUUGUGGCUGAGUUGACAUUGGAUUCAUAAAAAAGUUAUAAAAAUAAGUGUCGAAAAGAAUGCCAAAACAGUUGGUCUUUUGAAACGUCUUAAAUAACAAUUGAUUGCCGUUACGGUACGCAGAACGGACGUCUAAACAAUGAUUAAAGUUACUCUGCUUUUGGGCAGCCUCCUGGUCUUGACUGCAGCUGCAGCAGUUGUCAGACUUAACGAACGCAACGUGAUCGAGGGUUGUAAAUCGGAAACUGAAUUAUGGGGCUCUGAGGAUGGUACCAAAUACUAUUUCUGUCUCGGCAACAAUAUGGCCUUUGAGCAGAGCUGUGAUCCCGGUACAUUCUUUGUGAAAAAUGCCACCGUCUCUGGAUGUGUUCCCGUGGAUUUAGUGGACGACAAUUGCAUUUAUCAUACGGAGCCACCAUCGUGUUUGGGCGCCAGUGUUACCCAGCCUCAACCCCAUGAAGAUCCCACAAAAUUCUAUUUGUGUCCCGCCAGUGGAGCUGAACCCAUUGUCUUGACCUGCACGGAAAACAAGGCUUUUGUUAGUCAAGAUGGAUAUUUGGGUUGUUUCGAAUGGUCCCAGUGGCGUCGUAUUCGUGGUUGUGUUGAUGAUGCGUGAUUUAAAAAAAGGCUCAAUUAAAUGAAAAAAAUAAUAAAUGAAUAAUAAAUAUAA